GAAAGAGAGAGAGAGAGAGAGGGGGCGGUGUUAGACAAUACCAUUCCUCAAAUAUAUUCCAUCCUCUCCGUCCCUGUAGUGAGCCUUUAUUAGUCGGGAUCGUUUGGAUCUUAUCUCGCAUAUGACAACUGGGUGGAAGAAAGACUGGAGGAAAGAAAAGAGAGAGAGAGAGGGGAUUAUCUGUGAACCAGCUUCCGAUCCGCUCACUCCUGACACGGGGAGAGCUGCGCUUAUCUCGCCCCCUUUAUCUCCAUCUUCCACCGGUGGAUGGACGAGUAGCCCCGGCUGCACUUUCUCCACUAUAUCUGCCUUCUAUUGUCUCUCCAUCGCUGGGAUCACACGGGGGGCUGACUGAUCCCUCCUUACAUCAUUAUUAUUAUUAUUAUUAUUUUAAUCUACUCAAUCAUCUGUAAGACUUUGGGACUAUUUUUGCAGAAACAUUCCCCCUCAUCCCACAGCUUGACGUUUGACCCCCAUGUUGCAGGUUCGAGGCUGAAAAAAGUCAAACUAAUUUAUUUAUUUAUUUAUUUAUUUUUUAUUCAUAUUGAACAUCUUGAUGGUUGCUGCGGUGGAAUAUGAGUUAAUUUGGAGUUGAGUCAAGUUCGUUUCCAGAAGAUUUCGCCUCCCAACUCUUUGUCAAGGUUCUUUUAGGAGGAGCGACUGCCAACAAUAAAGAUAUAAAGAUGAUGCUGAGCCCGGACCAGACGGACAACGACCUCUCCUGGACUCAGUCCGACCCGGAGAGCAUCCUUAGCGGCCUCAAGUCGGCCGGCUGCACCUCGGACGAGCCGGGAGGAGAAGAUGAGAGGCCCAAGUGCAAAUCCGACCAGCCUCUAACCCGAGAGGAGAAGAGGAGGAGGAGGAGAGCCACGGCCAAGUACCGCUCUGCGCACGCCACCAGGGAGCGGAUCCGCGUGGAGGCCUUCAACGUGGCCUUCGCAGAGCUGAGGAAACUACUGCCCACCUUGCCUCCAGACAAGAAACUCUCCAAGAUCGAGAUCCUCAGACUGGCUAUUUGCUACAUCUCAUAUCUCAAUCACGUGCUGGAUGUGUAAAAAAAAAAAAGAAAAAAAAAAGGGACCCAAAUUGUUUUUUGGGUUGUUUUUGGACUUGGGGUGUCAAUUUUGGGUAUGGCAAAGUUGUAGGGUGAUGGUGAUGGUGAUGAGGGUGAUGGGGGGCCAGUAUUUUUGUAGCUCUUGCUGAUUUUGUGCAGAGAUUUCCUUUAAAUUUGUCACUUUAUGAGUGGAAAAAUUUGAUUCUGGAUUCCCAACUCUCACAAGACAUGUUACAAAAAAAACCUGGAUGAACAUUUAAAUAAAAAUAUGUAAUCCCAGGUUUUAAUAUUAAAAAAAAAUGACCCAAAUUGGUUUUUGGGUUGUUUUGGACUUGGGGUGUCAAUUUUGGGUAUAUGGCAAGGUUGUAGGGUGAUGUGGGGCCAAUAUUUUUGUAGCUUUUGUGCAGAUAUUACCUUUAAAUUUGUCACUUUCUGGGUGGAUAAAAUUGUAUUCUUGAUUCCCAACCCUCAAAAAACCUGGAUGAACAUUUUAAUUAAUGGAGGGUGUAUAAAAAUAUGUAAUCCCAGGUUUUAAUAUAAAAAAAGAAUCAGCCAAUUUUAACAUUCAGGGCUCAAAAUCUCUGAAAUAAUUCCUCCUGAUUCCACCAAAUGUGGUCGGAUUGCUGGGGCUUUGCCAUACCUGCUAUAGUUGACUGAGUUGACCCCCAGUGUGAGUCCAGUGUUGCAGAGUGAAAGCUUUCAACUUUGAGUCCACUGAACAAAAGCAACAAGCACAGAGUCGUUUGAGCUGUUAGAUGCAAUAAUUAUAAUUAUUAUCUGACAUACAGUUGGGGGAGGAUGGGCUGCAAGAGCCCUGCAGGCUUUCACUCCCAGAGGUGGGGGAAAACAAUGUGUGAAAAUAUCAAGAAAACUUUCCACAUGAAAUCUCCCCAAUAAAUGAUAUUAGUUGAAUCCUACCUAAUGUCAUGAAUAUAUUCAAAACGAAAUCCUCCCCUUGAAGUCUCAAUUUGAGGUCCAAUAAAAGAAAAACACACAUUUGUUCCACACAUCGAAACGAAAGGAUGUAAUAGCUGCUUUAGAUCUUAGUUUAGAUGUUUUUCCGUUAAGGAAGAAAAAAAAAAAGUGCCACUUAUGACAUAUAAAAUUGUGACCUUAAUCAUUUUUUUUUUUUUUUUUAAAGUGUAUGGAAUUAUUUAUUUAAUUGUGUUAAUAUUUAAGGCUAAUUUAUUUAUGUUGAUAUAUCUUAGGCUGGCGUCCUUUUUUUGUAUAAAUGUUUGUUGCUUCUAUAUUUUAGGCUGUGAAACUUUGGAAAGUGAUGGUGUUCUACUCUUAAAAAAUGGCACUUUCUGUUGAUCCAUAGCAUAAAUUAUUUGUUUGAUGUAUGUUUGAUGUAUGUCAUAUUUUUGUUUUGUUUUUAACGUCACGUCUAUUGCCUAUCAAUAGCAACGAUAAGCACUUCAAGAUGGGGUUCAACGGCCUCGUAAAUGUUUAUUUCCCUAAAUUGUUGUGUUCAGAGGUUGCCCUUAGAAUGAGAAUCUGCUUAAAAAAAUAAUAAUUCAAUUUAAAAAAAUGUAAUCAUAUGAAUGAUUAUGUCAAACAGGAUUCAGAAGCAAACCUCUUUUUUUUGCUGUUACCAAAAAAAAUAAUAAUUUCGAAAAAAUAGUCUGAUUUAUUCUCUUCAAUGUUUUGAUGUUCUAUUUUUUGGUUUAUUUAUUUGUGUCUGCUUUGUAUUACGAAAUCCAAUAAGUAAUUUUAUAGUGAAGAAAAAAGCAAACAUAUCCUCUAUCCAAAGAUUUUUUGUCUCUUCAGGGUUGUGUAGGCUACUUGUUGCUUUAUGCAGAUCUUUUGUAGUAGAGGUGUCGUGUGACAGCUGGUUUCUAAUGGACAAACUUUUCAUAUUUUCCGGUUUUAUUUUGAAUUAAAACGGAAAUACUUGAAAAAAAUGCCUUUUCCUGUUUCGAAAUAUUUUUUAAAAAAAAGCUUUUUUUUUGAGUUUGCAAUGUAAAAAGAAAAAAAUGUGGACAGUUGCUAAUAAUCAGCUGAUUGGAAUGAUGCGUGCUGCGCAGGAUGACGUCAUGCUCACGCACAUGUCAGUGAGUAUUGGCCAUAUCUUUUGUAGUAGAGGUGUCAUGUGACAGCUGGUUUCUAAUGAACAAAGUUUUGAUAUUUUCCAGUUUUAUUUUGAAUUAAAGGGGAAAUACUU